AUGAUUCCGACUCCCAAUGUUUACUGUCCUUUCUGCGGAGUUAUUCUGCUGCCCGAGCCCUACUGGGAUGAUGUAGCAUCUUUGCAGUCCCGCAUUCGACCUUGGUACAGAGAAGUACGAGGUCUCUACUCAACCAAUGCUACUGCUGGGUGUAUCGCAACAACUGGGCUGGGGAUAGUACGUGGCAAGAACAGGCUCUUUGCGCCGCUUGACAGCGAUAAAUCCUAUGUCGACGUGGGGGUUGAGGAACUGGAAGAAUGGAGGCUUUUCGGAUCGUCUACAAGCCGUUGGUGCUUCGGAUUCCACAACUCGUGUUGGAAACUGCUUCUUCUCAGGCUUGGGCGUGGACUGGAUGAUGCCUCCCAGAGUGAAGCGAUUAUUUCAGAAUCAGUUUUUUAUCAAUUGUAUUGCACUCCUUGUAUUCUGGGAUCCAUCUUUCAAUUCGGCCACGACUAUGAGGGUGCCAUGCAAACACACAAAUCAUUUGGGCGGCCAAAGCCAGUGGAUCCGAACUACUUCUAUGCUGACCCCUGUAAAAUUCCUUCCAUAGAGGGCUUGCAAACAACCGCGUCCAAAUUCCUCAAGAUGCAUGAUAGUUUGCUUUGGAAAGAGCAAGGAACUCGCCCGACUGCAAUUGCGGCACGCAGUGGUUGCCACAGCGAAGAGGCCGCUGCAUCAGGUCCAUUUGAGCCUAAUGGCAACUGCCCGUCGGUCCCACCCGAUGUCAUGACAGAACAAAUGCACGAAAAAUUGGACGGAACUAAACAUUCCCUCUUCGAUGGACUCUCACCCGAGCUGGUAUUCGACAUAUUCUCAUAUUUAUCCUUUGAUGAACUCCUUAAUAUGAGACUUGUAUGUCGAGAUUUAGCUCAACUUGCAAUCGUCGAUAUGCUCCCACAGUCGUACUGGCGGAGUAGGUUUCUCCUAAGUCAGGAAGCUGACUUUCUUUUCCUUAAUGUCAAGGAUAUGCAGGACUGGUAUCUACUUUUCUUCGGGACCAGAGCAGCGCUCAUGGCAGGGAACCGAUCAUUGAUCAAUCGGAAGAGAAUCCGGCAGCUAAUAGAGCCCAUUGCUACUCUUGUGGGCCUAGAGCCCAUUUUGAGAAAUGGCCCAUACGGAUCUGCCGUCCACCCGGUGCAAAGCCAAGGUGGAUAUUACAAUUACGAGAGUGCUGAAAACACGUCUGGGCUCAUAGAGGUAGCCAGCUUCUUUUCCGGCUAUCUAACCUCUGUUAGCGCGGAUAGCCCUUUGGAUGGCCCUUUAGGUGAAGCAUGUCGUGUGAUUUACUACAGAACGCAAUCAUUUGUACCCCCGCUUCCGCAGUAUCGACGUCGAAUAGGUAUCUCAACCAUCCAAUUCGGUGCCAGAAGAUUUAUAUCUGGAAUAAACCUAUUUCCAUCUGGGGAGUGCAGUGUCGUCAACCAUCAAGUCGGAUAUCACAAUCCAGCUUCCGAGACGUGGAUAGAGAUACCGGACAACUUUCACGUGAAAGCUCUCGGUGUGGCAUUUUGCUCUCAGGGUUUGACGGGGAUCAAGUUCAUCUAUACAGGCUCAAAUUCGUCGCGUUGGGUCGGUAAUUCCAACGGCCCAGGAAUUGCUCACGGCACUCUUAGCAUUCCGGAGAAGUCAAAUCGGCAUUGUUUGCUUGUAGGUCUAGAUAAAUACAAGAUCGUUUCACUCGGCCUCGGCAAAGCAAUCAACGACCUUGAAAUACCGCAGUCUCCCUCUGAACAUGUCGUGGAUUGA